AUGAAGAUGGGAGGUUCAAAGAAAAUAGGUAUUGAAAACCUUCCUUCACAUAUGCAUAGGUUCAGUGGAAGAACAUCUGUGGAAGGAAACCAUUCACAUUCAAUAACAAAAAGAGGUUAUACAAAUCUUGCAGCGGGUUCGGAUAGACAGGGAAUGCAUAGAUAUGAUAUCACAACUGACCCCAAAGAUGUUAGCACAGGUAUUUUCUGUGGAACUGCAGGAAAUCAUACACAUGUUGUAGCUGGUAUUACAGACCCAGCAGGUAAUGGAAAAGAUUAUAUGCCUCCUUAUAUAACAAUGCACGCUUGGAUACGAGUUGGUUAA